GUCAUCGCUUCGCUGGUCAGCAUAGGUUUCGAACGACCAAUGCUUCUUAGGGAAUAUAAACAGUCAAAUUUGUUGGUGAAGAGACAUCUUACGAUUUGCUACCAUGAGUGAAAUGAAAGACAAGGCGUAUUUCCGCUACCCGCAUCCAUUCUGGGUGGUGUCUAUCUCCUUUGGGAUGUGGUUGCUCACGAUGUCACGUUUCUUUCCAACAUACAUUCCCAGGUAUUUAGGACCAGUGGGCCAGUUUGGGACAUAUGUAGGUGUGACCUACCCAAAGUGCAUCAGUUAUUUGUUUAUAGCAGCUUGGAGUUUACAUGCCCUAGAAGCUGUGAUAGCCUUCAGAAUUUGCAGGAGCAGGAGGAUGGAAACCAUGACAACGCUAAAAUGGACCGUCCAAACUUUGCUGUUCGGUUUUGCUUCAAUGAUUCGACUGGUUUCACAGAAGAAAAUAGCUUUUAUUCCGGGCAGUGCAAAGGCAAAAUAACUUUUGCGACUGUUUUGUUUUCACAGUUUGUAUAAAAUUUGUACCAGCUAAAUCUUGAAAUUGGAAAUUUUGUAAUUUAAAAGAUGUUCACAUGCACAGUACUGAUGAUGUUUAUGGACAGAUUUGUGUUUUGGUGUUUUAAGUUUGAAUACGUGACAGAAGAAAUCCCAGUGUAUUGAACUGUUUUUUUGU